CGAAGCGAGAAGAAUAAACUGAACUUCAUGAUGACACCACACGACCAGUGCACGCGACGGGGCGACCGGUGAGUCAGGAACGUUACCCAAAUUUUUAUUGAACCGAGCAGAGAGAGAGAGAGAGAGGCUGCGAUGGGUUGAAGAUCCGUGGUCACUGCAUGCAUGAGUAUAUGGCCUGCGCAGGUGAUGACAUGGCUGGGUAGCCCUGCUCAGUGUAACUCCAGGUGGGAGCGUGUAUCAACGGAUGGCGUCACCAACUACCGAUGACGUGGGCGACAGAUAGAUCCGUCCAUCGAUCGAUCGAUCGAGGUUUCCAUUUUGGCACGUCAAGAUCUAAAGCGCGAGGCGACUCGCAGGAGGACGAGGCAGUAUGGACGAAGAAAGAGGAGCCGAAGGCGGAAGAAAGUUAGGCCGCGAGAGGAGAGUAGCGCGGACGAGGGAGAGGGGGAGCGGGGGAGAGAGGGAGGGAGGUCCCACCGCCCACCAGUUAUCCAUGCGCCUGUCUGACUGUCUGACUGCCUGCCUGCCUGCCUGCCUGCCUGUCUGUCUGUUUGAGGGACGGCGGGCAAGAGAUGUGGGCGAGGAUUCCCUCUUCUUCGUCGUCCUACAAUUAUGAUCCCUUUUGUUCGCCUGUAUAAUUGGUUUCAUGCUCGAUCGAGACGUGCGCUUGCGAUCCGAUCGGGAACAGGGCCGUCGACUGGAAAUUCCUCUCUUUCUCCACUUCUGCGCGCGCUCGGGCCCUGGCUCGGUGUUCUCGUGAUUCUCAUGUGUGAUUCCGAACUGCUGAGAUCAUCAAUUUCGGACCCUGAAGGUUUUGGAUACUAUACGUCGGUCUUGUAGCGAGAAGCGAGGUGCCCUGUACAGCAGCGUAUAUCGAGAUCGAGGCUGGUAGUUGAGAGAGCGAGAAAGAGCGAGUGAGGAGGUCGGUACGUUGAGUUCCAGAGGGAUAUAAUGAGCGCAGGAAAUAUUUGACGCCGGGUGCAGAAUUCUUAUUAUCUUGGAGACAUUUAAAUUUUUAGUUUUAGUUUUCCCCAAGGAAACGGGGCCUAGGAGGAUGUGUUCUGAGUUUCGUAACUACGGAGCUAGCACGUACGUAAUUUGAUCAGUUCAGACAGGCAGGGCGGAUAAUUAUGCUUUAUGUAAACUAGAAGGUAGUUCUUUUCCACGAUGCGGAGCUGGUAAAGAAGAUCCAUCUACCACUUCCUGAGGUUGAUCAUCUCUUUGGAAGCAGUUGUGACAUCUGUAAAAAUCUUUCGGAGAAACGAGACGUCCGUGCAAUUUUGCGAGAACUCCUGAAAAUCUGAGGAAGGGUGAUUGGAUAAGCUUGGCAAAGAUGGAACGAAGAACAGUAGAAUCACAAUUUUUUAAGUGCAGGUGGCAACACUCUGUUUCCAUUUUAUUGGUAGCGGUAGCUUGCUUCCAGAACCUCGAAUUUUCUGAAGCGAAAAUUGUCCUGCCCGUUAUGCGCUCAUUUUCGCAAAUGGAGGGAUCUGGAUUGCACCCCGGGACGGAUGGUAUGACAAUUGAGCAUGCGAAGGAGCUGAAAGUCCACGAUUUUGAGCGGAGCCAAAGACAUCAGCGCAUACUAACUGCUGUUGCUGACUUCCCGCUUGAUGGAAACGAGUAUUACGUAGGUCUUUACUACACCGCGCUCAAUAUUGGAACCCCUUCGCAGAAGUACUUCGUUCAAGUAGAUACUGGGAGCGAUCUAUUGUGGAUCAACUGUAAACCCUGCUCGAAAUGCCCCAGGGAGAGUAAUUUGAAAAUUCCUUUAAAUAUUUACGAUCCUCAAGAAACCUCUACUGUAAAAAACGUUUCAUGUCUAUCAAGCGAUUGCAAAACACUGGCUACUAUUUCAGCGAGCAGUUGCAUUGAUAAAAGCUGUUAUUAUGGUUUUGGAUAUGGCGAUGGAAGUACAACCAUGGGCUACUUGGUCGAAGACGUCUUGACGUUGGCCACCGUAGUAUCGAACAACACCGUAAAGAAUGCUACCGCAGACAUUGUGUUUGGGUGUGGUUUCAACCAAACAGGAACAUCUCUGACAUCAUCGGACCGUGCGGUGGAUGGAAUUCUGGGUUUUGGACGACAGGUGUUAUCAGUUGUAUCUCAACUAGCCGACAAUGACGUGACUACCAAUGAAUUUGCUCAUUGUCUUCAAGGAGAUACUGGCCACGGAGGCCUCUUUGUAGUAGGUGACGUGCAAGAGCCUGGGCUGGUAUAUACCCCAAUGCUUGCCAACGAGUUUCAUUACAAUGUGAAUCUACAAAAGAUCGCAGUCGGUGACGUUACAUUGAAUAUUGAUUCCAGCGUUUUCGCAUCAAGCAACGAUGGGAGUGGUGGUACUAUAUUUGAUAGCGGGACAACUAUGGCUCUUUUUGUCGACAAAGCCUACUUUGCUUUCUAUAACCAGCUCCUCUCAGUCAUAGAUGUACCAUAUAUUACGAUCGAGGACGUAACAUGCUUUGAGUACUCAAGCAGAGACUUAACUGGCGUCUUUCCUCCCGUUACGCUUAUUUUUGAAGGUGCCGAGAUGUACCUCAAGCCGGAAAACUAUUUGUACAGGCAACAAGUGACGACGUCUUCGCAAUGGUGCCUAGCCUGGUCACCCAGCAGUUCCUCUAGGCUGGAUUUAUCAAUCCUUGGAGAUAUCGUGUUGAAGAACAAGUUGGUGGUUUACGACAACAACAAUGGACAAAUAGGAUGGAUGGACUUUGAUUGCCAAUCAGUCGUGAAAGUUUCCAACGGUUCUGGAAGUCAGGAGAACAAAAGGAAGUCUAAACGAUCUCACGGUAUCAAAAUCCAGAGCCAUACUUGGAACUUUUGGCCCUGCCGCUUAGUGCUGUUGUUGUACUCUAUUCUAGGUGCAAGCUGCUCUUUGAACUUGGAAAUUCAUAAAACGGAGUUGUCGGACCACGGUGCAAACUUCAAUCCUGUGCCAGUUCUGUUCACUGCUAGGACAGCAAAGUCAUCGAAUAUAACCCUUGAGUGCAAAUUUUAUGAACGGGAUCCAGGCUGAUUCUUCGAUGUAAUUCAUAAUACAUGCAAUACUAUAAGUGCAAGGCCAUUCUCUUUGGUGGCAUC